GCGAUUAAUAAAUUGACAUGUAGACGUGAUAAAGAAUUAUUUAAAGAAGAGAUGUUUUAUAAGGUAUCUCAGUUUUCUUCAAUAGUGUAUGAUAACAGUCGUGUUUAAAAUAAAUGUAAGGUAGAGUUAGGUGGUUGUAAUCAUAUAAAGAUGUCGUUGGCUUGUUUAGCAGCAGGGGAUACAUUUAUACCAGUAGAGAUAGAAGAGGGCGAUAUCCAUACUGGAAUUUUUAAAGUUCUUGAAAAAAUUAGACCGGAUUGGCCCUCGGAGAGAAUUACAUUUAAGCUUUUCACUGAUGGUAUUACAAAUAAACUUGUGGCGUGUAACUUGAGCAAGAAUAUUAGUGAAAGUGAUGAUAUUGUGCUCGUUCGAAUUUAUGGAAAUAAAACGGACUUACUUAUAGACAGAACUGCUGAAAUAAGAAAUAUCACUACACUUAAUGUACUUGGUUUGGCACCAAAAAUAUAUGGUGUGUUUAAGAAUGGUCUUGCCUAUGAAUACUUUCCUGGGGUAACUCUCAAUACUGACACAGUGGUUGAUUCAAAAAUUUCUACAAUGGUGGCACAACAGAUGGCAAAAAUGCAUAAAGUGGAACUUGGAAAAGAAAUUACAAAAGAACCUAUGAUAUGGGAUAAAAUUGAACAAUUCCUCUGUUUAAUACCUGAAACAUUUACAAAAGAAGAGAAACAAAUAAGAUUUGCAAAUAGUUUUGGAUCAGUAACAAGACUAAGGAUAGAGUUUGAACGGCUUAAAUCACAAUUAAUCAAAACUGAGAGCCCACUCGUGUUUGCUCACAAUGAUUUGCUUCUAGGAAACGUGAUCUACAAUGAGUCCAAAGGGACGGUCUCAUUCAUUGACUAUGAAUAUGCUGCCUAUAACUACCAGGCUUAUGAUAUAGCAAAUCACUUCAAUGAAUAUGUGGGUUUGUCUAUAGAUGACAUAGAUUACAAGCGAUAUCCAGACAAAGAGUUCCAAAUGUUUUGGAUUCGUACAUACUUGUGUGAAUAUUGCGGUGAGAAGCCCACUGAGGAGGAGGUGGAGAAAGUGUACAAGGAGGUGCAGCGACUGUCGCUCGCCUCGCACUACAUGUGGGGCAUCUGGUCGCUUGUACAAUAUGAACUCUCAGAUAUUGACUUUGAUUUUGGAAGGUAUGCAGAAAUACGGCUGAACAGAUACUUUGAGCAAAAGGAUAAAAUUUUAAGAGAAUUUAUAUAAAAAACA